AUGUUCCCUUCCUCUAAUUAUACCUCCUCAGGCUCUUACCCUCGUUUCCCUCCUUCAUCUUCUUCUUCUUCUUUCACUUUUCUUCACCCUGAAAAUUCUUCGUCUAGUAACACCUUUCUUCAUGAUCCACUUGCUGUUACCUUCAUACCAACUCAUUAUCAUGCUCCAAUACCUGAAACGCUAGCCAAUUGGGCAGUUGCAGAUUGUGCUGCUGCUGCAAUGCUCAAUCAGGAUCUCAGUGGUGCCCUUUAUGGCAUCACCAAAAAACCAGCGAAGAAAACAACCAAGAAAGACAGGCACAGCAAGAUUUACACAUCUCAGGGCUUGAGGGACCGAAGGGUGAGACUGUCCAUUGAGAUCGCACGCAAGUUCUUCGAUCUUCAAGACAUGUUAGGGUUUGAUAAAGCCAGCAACACCCUUGACUGGCUCUUCACAAAGUCCAAGAAGGCAAUUAAGGAGCUAACUCAAAGCAAGCGCAGUGUGGAUAGCUUCGAAUUCUCCUCAUCUUCGGAUGGUGAAGUGGUUUCUGUGAUCCACCAAGACCAACAAAAACAACAACAACAGCAAGGGGUAGACUUGGAAGAAGGGAAGUUGAAAGGACCUGCUUAUCGUGUGAAAGCAAAGAUGAAGGAAUCAAGGGAAAAAGCACGGGCAAGAGCAAGGGAAAGGACUAGUAGCAAGAUAUUGUGCAGUGGAGAAGGGAAGGUGCAAGAGUUGAAGAAAAAGUGCCCUGCAACUGAAAAUCAUCAAAUCUUGAACCAAUUAAGGUCACCCCUUCAACCUCAUUCUCAAGAAGAGGGUGAAGGAGUGCCAAGAGGUGAUGACUUCAACGUUAUUGAGGAAUCCAUUGUAAUCAAGAGAAAGUUGAAACACUCUCUGAUCUCUUCCAUUCAUCACCAAAACGUUGUGGCUCCUAAGGAAGCAAGUCUAAACAACACUGACUACCACUCCUUCCAAAAUUGGUCGCCAAAUUGGGAAGUUAAUAAUGCUGCCAAUGGACGCUCCACCUUUUGUGCAAUAGCCAGCACGAAUUUAUCAACAGGGCUUCAAAUUUUUGGAAAAUCUUGGGAGGAGUGCAUCAAUCCUCAUCCAACCUAA